CUUCGAUCUUGUCGCCGAUCUCUUCAUCCACCUUCAUCACAGUGCAUCCUUCGAUGGAUGCGCGUCGUACAUGGCUCACUCGCUCUCCCCACGCCCGGGCUGCAGAAGCGCCCUGUAUGCCCUCCAAUGGAGCACCGGCGUCACCUCGACUCUGCAGCAUUUCAUGCCGUUUGGCCCUCUCAUAAACACUUUGUCGUGUUUCGCGGUUUAGUCCUCAACGGCCGUUUAAUUAUUGCAGCUCUCCAUCACCUCCGUUUCCUGCCUACUAGUUUCGUCAGUCACCUUCGUGCUAAUCUAUCCUGGCCUCUGUGUGCCAUGCGUUUCUCGCCCCAACCUCCCUAUAUACGUCCGCUUUCUUUUUGCUUGAUCUCUUCCUAUUCCAUAUGGACAAAACUGCUGCAAGUUAAGGAUUUCUUAGUGCUGCUGCAGAUGUCUGUCAUCUGUUGCACAGCAGUCUAGGUACACAAGGCUAUAGCAACUGCAUGCAGACUCAGAUUCAAUUGGGGAUUGCGCAUACAGUCUGCUUGCCGUAAGAACGAAGAAAAUGGCAGCCCUGCUGCCAGACCAUGAAUCGCGCUUCCAGCCCUGCGCAUCAACGGCUUCCUUUUUCCUGUAUGCCCGGGGGUCCGUGAUCGUGUGUCUUCACCAUGAUACUCUGGCCGUUGAACGGCAAUUCCAGUUCCAUCAAUAUGACGUGCUCUAUAUUGCGGCGGAUAAUGUUAGCGAGAGAGGCGCAGGGAGGCUCGUAAUGAGCUACGAUGUUGAGCAGAAUACAAUCAUAUGGGAUCUCUUCAGCGGAGCGGAGAUUGCGAGAUUCAUAUCAUUCGACCAGCUAUGCGUGGCGGCCUGGAUGCGGAAUGGGAAUCUAGCGUUCGGAAAUGCCAAGGGUGAAGUCAUUCUCUUUGAGCCAUCCACAUCUGACCAUAUAUCCACCUGUACCAUAAAUAACCGGAUCACUGCUUUGGCUCCUUUUGCAGAUUGCCAGACAUAUGCCAUUGGAUAUCGUAACGGAUCCAUCUUAAUGGCCACGCUUCUUCCAACAUUCACCAUCAUACAUACCUUGAGUGUCUCCCAGGAACAAUCUCCCAUAGCCGGUUUGGCAUGGCAUGCCUCUUCGCCGAAGCAGAAGUUCGAUAUGCUUGCUGUUCAGUCUGCUAAUGGGGAGUUGAAGGUAUUGAGCGUGGCAAAGCCCCCCAGCAAAGAACUCCCAAGAACAAUCAGGGUCUUGAAAAGGCCACAUCCCGUCGACUCUUCUGCGGAGAAGUGGAUAUCCUGGUCCAGAAAUGGAAAGGUUGUCCAAUAUCUAGAUGGGAAAACAUGGGCCUGGGAUGUCAAAACAAAGAAUACCACCUACGAAAUUAUCCCCACUGUAGAUAACGUGUGCGGCAUAGCAAAUUAUGGCCCGACAUCUACACUCUUCACUCUUGGUCCCGAGAACACUGUUCAACAGUAUGAUGUGGAGAAUCCUGCAUUGGUAGCCAACGUGUUGUAUUCUCCCGCUGAGUCUUUAUCACGGUCUUCGAGUGCUUCAAGAGCUCAGGAUGCAAUGCAACCCAACCUGCAGCCUGAAAUAGAAGAAGCCGACCAGACUUCUGUCACCGGGACGGCACCGUCCCGGAUGAAUGGGAUAGAUGGACUACGACAGGGUCAGAGCAGUCGCAAUUCAUCGAGAAGUCGUACAGCCUCUGUAAGCUCGAAGGAAUCGCCAGACAGACAUCGAAUGAAACCACUCUCGCCCCCCAGCAAGUCUAUAAAGAGCAGAACAUCUUUCUCUUCCACUUCUGUUUCCCGGGGUGGGACUCCACUACAUACAGGAUCUUCUGUCGAUUACGCAUCGUCUUUCUCCCUGCACUCAAUGAGAAGUCCACCGGUUGGGGUCCAGCCAAGGGAUGACAUCCACACCAGAUACUGUGAUAACUCACCCAUCGAUCUGUUUCCUUUCACGCGCGCUCGUCUUAGUAGUGUGCCCUACAGGCAGCACGGUCGCCUUGACGAGACGUCCCCGGAUAAUUGGCGUCGAGAGAUGCUGAGUGUCGUCUUUGGCUGGGAUUAUGAUAUUAGAGCUCUGAUAAAAGAUGAACAGAACCGGCAUCCCGUUGGGAGCCAAGCUUGUAUUCUAUUAGCACAGUGGCUUGGGGAAGCUAGUACAGACCAGAUGGUAUCCCUAAUUGGCUCUGGUCCGGUAUGGGUUUCGGACUGGAUGCUCCUAGCCUUCAGCCAAAUGAGUGGUCAACAAGGUCAAAGAAAUGGAAUUGGAGAGGCAUUCGUCCAAAAGUUGUUGGGGAUGGGUGAUGUACAUGCUGCAGCUGCUAUUUUACUCGGGCUUGAGGAUCUGAAUGAUGCCAUUGAGGUCUACGUGUCUCGAGGUCACUUCAUGGAAGCUAUUCUAUUGACUUGUCUCCUAAUGCCAUCGGACUUGCAGCGUCAACAAUAUCUGGUUCGUCGAUGGGGUGAGCAUGUUGUUUCCAAUUCUCAACAACAGCUUGCGAUGCGCUGCUUUGUAUGUGCUGAUGUGGACCCUUGGGCUUCUCCAAAUCCACACCAAACCUCAUUCUCGCAGUUCUCGAGGACAGCACUUACGUCUCCGGAGCUUCUUUUUUCCAAUACUCUAAGCUCUCCGCCUCCGGAUUCCUCUGGCAACAGACUCCCGCCAAAAACGCCGUCUCUGAGACUUGUUACAUCUUUUGAUAUGGAGAAAGACAAGAGGAUGCUCAAUGUCCCUGACCUAACAGCCGAUGACAAAACACCCAUUGCCCCCAGUAUCAGACCUGCUGUUGAAUCUGCUGUGGGCGAAUCGGCUUUUUUACCCCGGCUUCAGAGCACAUUCAAAGGACCUAACAUGCAAAGUUUGAAUCGUCUGAUGCCCGCAAGAUCAAAAACGCCUGGAUAUACCAGGAACCGACUGUCUGCGAUAGGAGAAACCCCGAUCGAUGUGCAUCCACCUGCCUUUCCGACCACCAGCCCUCUGCAGAAAACGACUACUGCGGCAGAUGAACAAAUGCAGGAUAAUGGGCCUCGGGAAGGGGACGAGCUUCUGCUACCAUCUGUGCGGUAUGACCCCGGGAAAGAAGCUACCGGCCACAGGAGUCCUCAAACCGCAAUCCAGGCAAAUCUGGACGAGAUAUCCAGUAUCAAGGGGGCCCCACCUCCACGAGAUGGUGUGUUUGACGUAUUAAGGGAACGGCCAGCCAGUCAAAACAACCGCAGAAACCGAAACCGAGAGCCUGAUAGAUUACAGAUUCAGUUACCAUCCUCUGCCCCCACAACUUUCGCGCAGGUUGAAUCAGAAUUUAGUUCCAAACCUAUGGACUCUGCCGCGAGCUCUAGCGGUUUCCAGUCUACUGCGACUGCAAGUACCACAGGCCGGAGCCUCGAUCAAUAUAUCAGUAGCUUGGAGGAGGCAAACUAUCAUGUGAAAAGGCAACAAGAACGCCGCGAGAGACGAAACAAGGCAGACUCGCCUGCUCAAGAUUUACGAAGGAUCGGUUCGCGGGAUGUCUCGCAGGAAAGACGCGGCCGGACAGCCACAAAGUCACUCCUCCCCCCCGUGUCUAUGUCGUCAGAAGCGGUGGCUCAAUGCAGAGCUGUCGGCGAGAACCAGAAUCAUGAUAGCACCACACAAACGAAAGUCCAGUAUUCUAAGUUGGGGAGCGAAAGAAAGGCCAGGAAACCAGUCUCAAGAUCUAGGACACCGUCGGGGCGCCGUCAGGCUCGUUCUUCGAGUCGAAAUCCUGGCGGUCGUGAUAGGAGCCGCACGGGGUGGAGUUCUCGCAUGGACGACAGCGCGGUCAUAUCAUCGUCGUCCUCCCAGCCAACAUCUCCUCAAACCCUUUACUCUCCGAACCGUGUGAAUGGUCUUGAUAGUGCACUGCGGUUAGUUGUAGGCGACAGGGAACGUCUGCGAACGGAGCGCAGCAGAAGCCGUCUUCGCUCGGAAAGGGGCAUAACUUCAAGAAGACGCCGUUCAUCGUCCGCUGCCAGAUGUGCGAGGUCUCACUCAAAUAGCCGCCGAAGGCAAGAACCUGACAAAGACGGAGAGACCUGCCUUAAUCAGAAGCGGCCAAGUGAGGAACCUCGGAAAGAUCCAGCAGAGGAGGAAUUAAGGAAAAGAAAGGAGCUUGCUGCUGCUGAGCUGGAGGCUAGGCGACUGUCGCUCGCGCACAACCCCUCUGCGCCGAAAAUCCCUUUCCCAGGGCAACCUCUUCCUGCGAAGAGUACAGUGGACCAGCCUUCCCCGUUCGCUUUGAAUUCGCGGACAUAUACACCCAAAGACACGGUCCCGAAUAAACCAGCGCGGGAUUACUCGAGCAGUCCCGACUCGGGCUCCUCACGAUCUGGCGUGUCCAUUGCGUUCCCAUCGACUGCGCAAGCACCCCAGGAUCUGAAACACAGUAAUGACCGUGAAGAAGGAUAUACUGUUGAAGUCCACAACAAUAUCUCCGAUCAAGCCAUGUUUUUGGCAGAUGCGAGAUACUCGAACAAACCCGAGGACACCCCCCGGUCAAUGUCCGUCCCUAUCCCCGAGCUCCAAGGACGUUCAACGACGCUGUCCACGGAUAUCCCCGUGCAUCCCAGAUUCAUUGCAAGCCUCCCCCAAAGUCGCUCGGCGGCAGCCCGGACGCAAAACACUGAGCAAAAUAAGGACAAUACCACCCAUGACAUUUCUUUUCCGGUAAUAAUUAGUAUCGAAGAGACACCGGAAUACGACAGCAUCGACCUAGCAAUAACUUCAGCACCCGUUUCUUCUACCGCGAAAAAUUUCUCUCCUCCCCCUCCUCCUCUUCCUCCUAUACUCCCAACUGCAAAAUCUCUUAACGACACGUUCCCUCUGCAACAUUCUCCUGCUGGCUUAAAACGUAACAGCAGCCCCUCUCCCCGGAUUUCAGGUUCGUCUGGUAUUAUUGAGAUCGCCAUCAACGAUUCCACAGAGAAAAUAGGCAAUAUGCUGCCUCGUGCGAUGACUGUUGCGCCGGUGGGUACGACGACAAUGAUCUCACCCGUCGAGGGAGGAUCUUUUUACAAUAUGGCUCGUCGCCAGUCCCUCGGCAGUCGACAGAGCAGGAGUAUCAUUAAUGAAGCUUUCUCGAGCAAGAUCCGCAACUUCACGGGGCGACGGACGCAGAAUAGUGGUCGUGGGGCGCUACAAUCGCCAGCUAGCGAUAGUCAGGUUUUUCCUUUUAAGUGAGAGUAAGAUGUAAGAUGUGUUGUGCUGUGUUGACUUGUAUGGUUUUGUCUUUAUGAUGCUUGAAGUUACGAUGAUGUUAUGAUGUUAUGAUUCAUGACUUGACUUUCUAAUAUUUUCCAUGAGUAAUACUGCAAAGAUCAUCUCAUUGUACUGUAGUAUUCUGCUAUUCGAAUUCAAUAGUAAAAUCCCU